CCAGAUCUACAUUUUUUUACUGCUGGUAAAUCAACGAGAAUGGCGGCUAGAAAGAAACGUACCGAAGAUUUAAUACGAAUGAUUCAACGUUACCCAAUAAUGUAUGACGCAGGACAUCCUGAUUUUAAAAAUAACAGUCUCAAAGAUGAAAUUUUUGAUGAGAUUGGAAGCGUUCUGGGUGAAGAUGGUGAAGAGAUCAGAAGAAAGUGGAAAAACCUCCGAGAUACUUAUGCUAGAAGUAUAAAGGGUCAGUAUUCUAAACCUGGUCAGUCUAAAUGGAAGUGGAUGGAUCAUAUGGAGUUCAUGCGUCCACAUUUUGGUACAUCUAGCAGCUCUGUCACAAAUGACAAUGUCGAUUCUGUUUCUGGUGAUGAAAUGGUCAAAUCAGAACCAUUAGUCAUGUCAUGUGAAUCCAACAAAUCAGAGCCAUUUGAAAUGUCAUGUGAAUCGAACAAAUCAGAAACUUUCGUAAUGUCGUGUGAAUCCAACAAAUCAGAACCUUUCGUAAUGUCAUGCGAAUCCAACACUCCUCCAUCUCCUGAGCUUUCUAUUAAAACAGAAAUAUAUCCCACAUCAUCUACCAAAGACAAGGCUAGGUCCUCACAGCACAAUGGGCUCAAGAAAAAAAGAAAAGUAUCUUUUGACUCUGAUACAUCUGUUUCAUCUGAAGAAAUAAAAUCAGAUUUAGACAGAGUGGAUUAUUUUUUCUUAGGGUAUGCAGAGUUUUUUAAAAAGCUUUCAACCAGAGGACAAAUAAUGAUCAAAUUGAAAAUGGCUCAGAUGUUCACAGAAGAGGAAUUAAAAGAGCUGAAUUAUUAAAGAAGUGUUAAUACAAACAUUGACAAACUGAAUUAAAGAAGCAGUUGGCAUAAUGUUCAUUUUUACCAACAAUUUAAUAAAGUUUUAUUUGAUAGAAUUUUGACUGAGUGGGUUCUUAAUUGUGUUAAAUAAAUGUCAAAAUACUAGGUAUUCACAGUCAUUAGUUUCAACUUAAAUUCUAUGAUGGAAAAAAUAG